CCAGAGCUGUCCGAGCCUGGGCUGCCGUGGGAUGCUGAGCAGGAGGGCUGGUGCCGGGGGUUGGGACAGCACGGCAGCUGCCCUGCCAUCAGUUUGUCUCUGCUGCCACCAGCCACUGUGGCCUCGCCAGUGCGUGGUCCUGGCCUUGUCCACCUCCCACUCUGCCUUCCAUCCUGUUGGAACGUGUGGCUGGGAUGCACAGCCCCCGGGAUCGACAUGGGUGCCAGCUCAGGUGCCGGUGGGACCCGCGGAGCUCUGCUGGGGAAGGCUGUGCCCCCCCGCCCCCCCAUGGCCUCCCCAGGCGUGGGCGGCCGCCUGUCACUUCCUGGGGGGACAUGGCUGCGGUGGCGGCUGUGCAGCUCUCUUGCGCAGCAAGGUGCUGCGGUCGGGGCUGUCACUGCGUCAGCCGCUUCCUCCGGCAGCACCGCUGCGAGGUGGAGCCGCAGGAGCACCAGCUGCCAGUGUCAGGCCUCUCGAGAGCCCCCUGCGUGGCAUGGUCAUGUGCCACCAUGUUGGCUGAAGUCACCAGUGGCGGCCAAAACUGGCUCCUCAUCCCCCGCCAGGUCUUGCACCAGCUGGCACUUCAGCUCUUGCCAAGCUUUGCUGGGCUGGCAUCAACAUCAGCAAGUCACCACGGGGAGCAGAGGCAGUGCCUGGUGGCAGGGUCCUGCUCAUGACAGGCACAAAUCCUGCCAUGGCAGCUCCACCGUUCUGCCAAGCUUCCACAGGAAACCUGGGUGAAGUCCCCCUCCCUGCACUGGGGUGGCCCAUCCAGCCCGGCCAGUCCCAGUGGGCAUCCCCUGCCCUUGCCCAGCGACAGCCACUCUCACUUCCCCCUCCUGCUCUGCGCCGGGAGAGCCCGGCCCCCCUGACUCACAUCCCACUGCCAGGCUCUCCAUGGCUCCUCCAGCCCCAGGGCAGUUCUAUCUCAGAGCUGUUUUAUCUCAGCAGUGAAGCCGUAGGAGGUUCAGUGGACCUGGAUCUCGUGGAUUCCGGGCACCGGGGUGGGAGCAGGGCAAAAGCCAGCAUCCCCUCUGCACAGAUGCACCUGGAGCUGGCAUGAAGCCACAGUCUGCGUGCAGCUGGGUGUGGCACCGUGAGCCAGCCCUCAGCAAUGGCCAAACCGAGUGCUCAGGGGUGCUCGGUGGAGCCAAUGAGAAGGAGAAUAAAGAGGGAACAGCAUAGGGCCAGGCUGUGCAGGACUGGGAAAGGCCUCCACCAUAACAGGAGCUGGCAGAGCUGCUUGAGAAUAGAAAUCCCUGGUGGUGGUGGUGGUAGAGCAAGCACGGUGGUGUGUGCUCCGAGGGCCUCAAGAGUGCUGUCAAUGGCAGCUGAGCUCACUGUGCCCCAGUGUGCGAGCACGCUGGUGCUGCCAUCCAGGGAUGAGGGACACCUGGGACCAGGUGGCUGUGCUGGCACCAAGGGUGUUCCUGGCAUGGAGAAACCCUUCCAUGUGAGACAGGCACCUGAGGCCAUGGAGAGGAAGGCAGGCAGGGGGCACAGAAAGACUAAAAGGGGCAAGGGAUGGAGAGGUGUACCAGGACUGAGAUCCAAUACCAGCUUUGAUGUCUUAGGCAUGGAGGUGACACCAAGCCAGCUGGUGAUGCUGGGGGUGUGCUCUCUGGGCUAUGGGGUGACACUCACAGGUGGAAAACAUGGAUUUGUGAUGAAUCCUCCAGGAUUUCAGUCCUGGAGCUGACCCUGUGGGUAGCAGCAGGUACAUGGUUGCUCUGGUGCUACCUGUGCUUCACUGCCUGCCCACCUGUGCUGAGAGGACAUGCAGAGCCCUGUGUGCCCUCACGGCUUGGCCCAUAUGCCAGGGUGGCAUCAUGGCACAGCCCUGGGCUGCUCCCAGCAUGGCAGUAUCAGGCUCCACACCAGAGCCUCCCUGCCCUGGGAAUGCUGUGCCAAGCAGCUGCAUAGGCACCAAGAGCUCCACAUCCCAGUUCCAGGGGGUUGAUGACACAUGGCAGCUCCUGGAAGAGAGCAGAAAACUCUUCCCAGCACUGGCAUCACCCUGGGAUGGGCAGAGCAGUCCAAAGGGCAGAGAGGAGCUGUGGCAGGGAAUGCAGGAAGAAGCUCAUCUCCCACCUUUCCAUCUCCCCCCUCACACCUCUGCCCCUGCUCCCAGCUUUCCCUACAGCGUUCCAGCAGCUUCAAGGACUUCAGCAAGUCCAAGGUCAGCUCCCCCGUGUCAAGCGAGGAGUUCAGCCUGGAGGAGAAUAUCCCUGAGGAUGAUCCCAGCAAUGCCAGUCCUGAGGAGGCCACACGGAGCAGCGGGACGAAGCUGGGCAGGAAGUGGCGGGCGGUCAUCUCCCGCACCAUGAACCGCAAGAUGGGCAGGAUGGCUGUGAGAGCGCUGGCCGAGGGGAAGCAGGGAGAGGUGGAGGCGGAAGGGCCCCCAUGCCCCCUGUCCCCAGCCAGCAGCGUGGAAGAGCAGAGCCAUGACAAGGUGCCCUUGUCGUACCUGGAGCUGGAGGAGGAGGAGGAGGACGGGCACCCAGCCCUCGGACGUCAGAUGUCCAGCGGCAGCGACAUUCCCAGCCCUGGUGAUCCCCGGGAUAGCCAGCAGCUGGAGGAGACUGUCCCAGCCUACACUGGCCCCUUCUGCGGCCGGGCCCGCGUCCACACGGACUUCACCCCCAGCCCCUAUGACAAGGACUCCCUGAAGCUGCGGAAAGGGGACAUCAUCAGCAUCAUAGAGAAGCCACCUGUGGGCACCUGGACCGGGCUGCUCAACAAUAGGGUGGGCUCCUUCAAGUUCAUCUACGUGGAUGUGAUCCCUGAGGAGACGGUCCCUGCCCGCAGGAGCCGCAGCUCCAGCCGGAACAAGCGCCUCAAGCCCAAGACCCUCCAUGAGCUGCUGGAGCGCAUCAACCUGCAGGAACACACCCCCACCCUCCUGCUGAAUGGGUACCAGACCCUGGAGGACUUCAAAGAGCUUCGGGAGACCCACCUGAACGAACUGCACAUCACGGACCCCCAGCACCGCGCCAAGUUGCUGACGGCUGCCGAGCUCCUCCUGGACUAUGACACAGCCAGUGAGCCAGAGGAUGGUGACACCACUGAGGCCCUGCCAUCGCCCUCGGAGCCCAAAGGGGACAUUCCCCGGGACUCUGGCUGCUUCGAGGGAUCAGAGACGCUGGAUGGCAGCCGGGAGGAGGCCGAGAUGGGGGGUCCCUCCGUGGCAGAAUCUCCCUGAGCCCGCCAGCACCGCCACUUUCCACUCUGGCCCUAAUAGGAGGGCUGGAUUGGAGGGGACGGCUGCUGGUGGGCAACAGGAGAGCCCCAGUGGUGGCACCUCGGGGUCCAGCUCAGCCCCUGCCGCAGAGCCAGAUGCUGGGUGGGCACAAGGUGCCCCAGGACAUUUUGCAUGGCACCACUGCCCCGAGGCAGGGACUCUGAGCACACUGGGGCACUGUGCUCCCCGCCAAGACACCACAGGCAUUGGCUGCUCUUCCCAGGUUUGCCAGCAGGCUCAGGAAGGGAGCUGGGGACAGAAGCCGUGUCUGCAGGCAACUGAAGCCUGCCCAGGACACUGUCACUUCUCAGCAUGGACACACAGACACCCCCGACCCCCCCACCUGCCAUAGGGGACAGCAAGAUGCAAACAACACAGCUAAGACACCCUGGAAGUGUGAGAUGGAGAGUCCUGGAAACGCAUAGGGAAGGGGGAAGAGGCAGCUGGCUUGGGGCAGCACAGAAACGCAGGGGCUACAGCUCAGCCAUUUUCAAACCAAUUAAUUUUCCUUCAUUGUUUUAAAAUUAAAAAAAAAAUAAGAAAAAAAUAAAGAACACCCAAUCCUCACCCAA